UCUGGUCUUUCUCUCGUCCAUCGAAUGCACUCCAAGUUAUUUGGGAGCUGGGCGGCUCCCAAGCUUAACGUCACUUCAGUAGUGACGUUUGGUUACUCAAAGGCCGCUUGGCGUCCCAAAGACAAAUCGUUUGGGCUCCCAAAGGGCGCCUGCCGCAUCGAGGAGACGCAGAGCAGGGCGGAGAGGGCGCUCGAGCUUUUCAGUUCCUCUGGGCAUUCUAAAUUAUGUGAUAGUGGGAGCUUUCUUGAAAACUGGACAUUCCCUUUUGAUUCAUCCUAAGCUUCACUUCAUUUGAAAAAGUUCAUACUGUUCCCAGCCCGAACAAAUGUAGCAGCGGAUGAGAUGGCAGAAUGAGUGCCAGCAGUGAACUUUAAUCAUUGUGUGUGAUUAAAAUGAUUUGGGUUUGUCUAGGUCUUCUCUUCUUGUCAAUGGACUUUUGAUAUAUAAAAGGCAUAAAGCGAAGCCUGGAUAUUGAAGAUCAACAAUGAAGGCAGAUUCUGCAUUUAGAAGCAAGCCUCACGACGUGGCUUUUCUUGUUUAAAAUACACACAGAGAACUAUAAAGGGGUAGUGGCCUGUGAUGACAUUUUGCAGUGUCCCAGCAUCCCUCCUAUACCAGCUUGAACAGGAACUGGAUACAGAUGAAAAAGAAAUCAUGGUCUUCUUGUGCAGUGAUCUCAUGUCUGACGUUUCUACGCCUGGUGGCCUACAACUGUUAACAGCUUUGAAUGAAAAGGAGAUGCUGACCACCAUCAACUUAUCUGAACUAUUAUACAGGCUGAAAAGAUUUGAUUUGUUAAAGAAGUUCCUGGGGACUGGAAGAGCAGCCGUGGAAGCCAGUUUGGCCAAGCACCCUCAGAUGUUGUCAAAAUACAGGUUGUUGAUGACUGAAAUCAAUGAAGAUCUGGACAAAGAAGACUUGAGAUCUCUCUCUUUCCUUCUGAAAAAUCAUCUUGGUACAUCACACAAGGAGAAGAGUUUUUUGGCAAUUAUUACUGACCUGGAGAAGCUAGAUCUGAUAUCUCCCAUGCAUUUGGAUUUAAUAGAAAAUUGCUUCCUGACUAUUCACAGGAGAGACUUGGCAAAAAAGAUUCAGAAGUACAAACUAGAAGUGCACAUUCCACCUAUGAAUGCAAAGACUCUUCAGACAUCCUUACCUAAGUUAUCUCUAGCUGACCCUCCAAAGACUGUGAACAGGGAAAGAGUAAUGAACGGAGCCUGUGCUGUCCAGGCAGAACAGAUUCACAUAUCCGUUCCAGAAACAGAAGUACAGGGCUGUAACAAGUACAGAAUGCAAAGCAAACCUUUAGGAGUCUGCCUGAUUAUUGACUGCAUUGGCAAUGAUGCAGAUUUGUUGACGAAAGCCUUUAAAUCACUACAUUUUGAAGUUCACUGUCGACGGUUUCUGAAUAUGCAUGCAGUGAUGCAUGAUUUGCAUGAGGUAGCAAGGUUAAGAGCUCACAAAGAUGCAGAUUGUUUUGUUUGUGUGCUUGUCAGUCGAGGGGACCAUCAACAUAUAUUCUGCACAGACCAUAGUGUCCCAGGAUUUCAACUGGAAAGGCUGAAGGAUUUCUUUACCGGUGAGAGGUGCCCUGAUCUCUUAGGGAAACCAAAGCUCUUUUUUAUCCAGAACUAUAUUGAGCCCCCAAAUUGGCAAGGGAAUGCCAGCCUGACAGAAGCAGAUGGAGAUCUAUGCACAAUCCCACAAGUAGCAGACAUUCUCUGGAGCCACUGCACAUUGGAUGCCUCUGCACUGGAGAGAUCCCCAUGCUCAUCAUCCUAUUAUCUUUCCACUUUGGCUAACCUUCUGAUGGAUCCUCAGAAAAGAAAGCUGCCUCUGUUGGAUAUUUUUUUGGAGCUGAACAACAGAGUUUAUGAAUGGAAUAGGAUUAAUCCUGCAGAACAGUACUUACUCUCAUUGAAGCACACCCUGAGGAAAAAACUUUUCCUGACGGACAAGUAAAGGCCUUUGAGAAGCUUUUCUGAGAUUUAUCAGAUUUUCUUGGAGAGUCAAGCACAGCAUCGCAAUAGUAUUCAGGAACAUUUUGUAUUUUUAAACUUAAGUAAUUCAGAGAAUUGCUGAUCUUGGAAAAGAAAGAACUAGUAAGAAUAAAUAGCUAUUCCUACAAUGUAUUACUUAAGAUCUUAUUGUACAUCAUCGAUACCAUUGAAUAUGUGCCUUAUUUAAAUAACUUGUCAUGAUCUUUCUCAAAGCUUCCCUCAGAAAAGUAUAUUAUUUUCUGUCUUGCUUAUGAAUAUAGGUUCAAACAAAAUCCAAGAUGGAUUGUUGCGAGGCAACAUAAUUGUCUCAGCAUGCAAGUAUAAUCAAAACUAAUGGGUAAUGAGUAAAGUACAGUGUAAAUGUUUUGAGCCACAAGUAAAGAAGUAUCAGUGCUUGGUUGGAAGAAUCUUCUUGCAGAAAUUGCACUGAAAAAUGAGGCUAGAAAUUGGGGGGGGCUUCUGAGCUCUGUAGCGUAUAUACAGUACUAAAUAUUAACCUGGAGAGUAUUAUAAUAGUUAUAAUAAUUAGUAAUACUAUACUAGUAAUUUUGUCUAAUAUACAAGUAUGUAUGUAUUUCAUCUCUGUAUCUUGAGAUAUGCGUAUUGUGCAUUUGUAUUUUAAAAAUUGUUUCAAUUACUUUGCA